GGCGCGCGGGCCUGGGGCGGGCCCGGGGUGCCGGGGCGCGGGAGCACCCUCGGCCGCGCGGGCGCAGAACCGGCUCCAGCGCUGUGCAAGGCCCGGUGAGCCAGAGACCUGCGCGGCCCUCGGAGACGCUGGGCCACCCGGAGCCUCGGUCUCAGCGUCCCGCAAUGGGGCGAUGCUAUGGAAUAUGAUGAGAAGCUGGCCCGGUUCCGGCAGGCCCACCUCAACCCUUUCAACAAGCAGCUCGGGCCGCGGCAGCAUGAGCAGGGGCCUCGUGAGGAGGUCUUGGAAGUUGCUUCUGAAGAGACCCUGCCCGAGCUGCCCCUGGGGGAGCCGGAGUUCCGCUGCACUGAGCGCGUGAUGGACCUGGGGCUGUCUGAAGACCACUUUUCCCGGCCUGUGGGUCUGUUCCUGGCUUCUGACAUCCAGCAGCUGCGGCAGGCCAUUGAGGAGUGCAAGCAGCUGAUUCUGGAGCUGCCCGAGCAGUCGGAGCAGCAGAAGGAUGCCGUGGUGCGGCUCAUCCACCUCCGGCUGAAGCUGCAGGAGCUGAAGGACCCCAGUGAGGACGAGCCCAAUAUCCGAGUCCUCCUCCAGCACCGUUUCUACAAGGAGAAGAGCAAGAGUGUCAAGCAGACCUGCGACAAGUGCAACACCAUCAUCUGGGGGCUCAUCCAGACCUGGUACACCUGCACAGGGUGUUGCUACCGGUGUCACAGCAAGUGCUUGAACCUCAUCUCCAAGCCCUGUGUGAGCUCCAAAGUCAGCCAUCAAGCUGAGUACGAGCUGAACAUCUGCCCUGAGACAGGGCUGGACAGCCAGGAUUACCGCUGUGCCGAGUGCCGGGCACCCAUCUCUCUGCGGGGUGUGCCCAGUGAGGCGCGGCAGUGCGACUACACCGGCCAGUACUACUGCAGCCACUGCCACUGGAAUGACCUGGCCGUCAUCCCUGCACGGGUCGUGCACAACUGGGACUUCGAGCCCCGCAAGGUGUCUCGCUGCAGCAUGCGCUACCUGGCACUCAUGGUGUCCCGGCCAGUGCUCAGGCUCCGGGAGAUCAACCCUCUGCUGUUCAGUUACGUGGAGGAGCUCGUGGAGAUCCGGAAGCUGCGCCAGGACAUUUUGCUCAUGAAGCCUUACUUCAUCACCUGCAAGGAGGCCAUGGAGGCACGUCUGCUGCUGCAGCUCCAGGACCGGCAGCAUUUUGUGGAGAACGACGAGAUGUACUCUGUCCAGGACCUCCUGGACGUCCACAUGGGCCGCCUUGGCUGCUCACUCACCGAGAUCCACACGCUCUUUGCCAAGCACAUCAAGCUGGACUGCGAGCGGUGCCAGGCCAAGGGCUUCGUGUGUGAGCUCUGCCGAGAGGGGGACGUGCUGUUCCCGUUUGACAGCCACACGUCUGUGUGCACCGACUGCUCCGCCGUUUUCCACAGGGACUGCUACUAUGACAACUCGACCACGUGUCCCAAGUGUGCCCGGCUCACCCUACGGAAGCAGUCGCUCUUCCAGGAGCCUGGUCCAGAGGAGGAUGCUUAGAGCACUGGGGGACAGCACCCACCUUGCUGGGUAUUGCCAAAGUCAAGGUGUCCAUUCUGCUCUGGAGACCCCUUGGGGUGCAGCCCUUGGACCUCUUCACCCCUGCUGGACCAGAGGUGGGUGAGCAGUUCUCACAAGGACCAUCAUCGCCCACGUGUUUGCUGGGACUCUGGUAGCUGCAUUUCUGUUACUGGGUGUGCAGCGAUGAGGGGUUGCUAUGUGGUCUCUGCCCCUCUCCCACUGCUGGACUCCGAGGGGAGAAGGGAAGGACUUCUCGCCUCCUCCGUGGCAUACAGCCCCUCCAUUCACCUGGGGCCAAGGCUUCUGGGCCCUAGAGAUACCCUUGCAUUAGUCCUGGCCUCCUUGGCGACUGUUUAGGCUGAGACCCACAGGGAGGUUCAGAGGAGUGGCCUUUAACAGCUGAGCGUGCUGGCUGUGCACAGCAGCCCCAGGCUUCUGUUUUACCUUCAGUCGCUGGGUUGGGUUCUAUUCAGAGGCUCCAAGCCACCCCCGCCCCCUGGCCCGCACCCCUGGCCAAUCUGAGGGUUUCUGGAUGUUGCUGACGGCUGUUCAUGAUCGUUCCUGACAGACCUGGCCCCGCCCCGCCCCGCCCCAGCCAAGCCUCCAGUGUGCACUGUCAGUGCUGUCUGCACUACAGGGGGGGGAGGGGCUGUGGAACUUGCCCUGCUGCGUGCAAUGCUGCUGUUCCGCCAUGGCCCAGCCCACCUUGUCCUGGUGCUCCAAGCUGGCAGCUGGGGGUUUCAGCCCAAGGAGGGUGUCCCAUGCUCCAGUGUGUGGCAGAGACUCUGCCCGGGGAGGUUGGAGGUUAGGCAGAAGGGUAGGCCUGAGUGGCAGUUGGUGAAACCAGCUCUGCCUCAGAGGCGCUCCAUCCUUCUGCCAUUGUGCGCUGAGAUGACCAGCCAGGAGCUUCCUGUUUGGACGCCAGAGGUCAGAAGCUGGGAGCAUGUGCUCAAGGGAACCCCUGACAGGUGGUUGCUCGCCCCAUGUGGAGGGUGCCCUGGACACGGGGUGGGAUGGGGCACACUGGGGCUCAGUGUUUGCACUUUACGAGUCCUGAGGUUGUGGGGGCUAUGGGGAGGGAUGCUUCAGGACGCAGCUUCCCAAUCUCUCACCCCUAGGAAGCGGGGGCUGCUUGUGUCUGCCUUUUUCCUCAUUGCCCUGGACUGUGCUUGGCUGUUGAUGCACAUGGCCAACACCUGGGCAGUGGCAGAGGCCAUCAUAACCUUUGACCAGGAGGCCCAAGAGGAGACCUCAGCCAGAACAGUCAGCUUAGCUGGCUGGCCCAUGUAAGGAAUCUGUCACCUUUCUCUUGCCCCUUGCCGUCAGGGCUGUUUAGCAAAGCUCUUGCUGUGUUUUCUGUUUCCAUGCCUGGAGAAUGGAGAUCGCAGUGUGCACCUAUCUCAGGGUAGAACAGUGAGAGGAUCGAGAGUGUGACGUGAGGCUGAAUCACAGUGGGCUUCUCUUUCCUCUGGGACUGGAGAGGGGAUUAAAGACCAAAUGCCCUUUUCCUACACCCCUAGUCUGUGCAUCUCUCACGACUGCAUCACAUGUCUGUCAUGUGGGUAUCUCCUGUGUAGUCAACAUCACAUUACUCAUUAUAAAUCACUGUGCCCAUAGAAAACGUUAUUAUGCUGGCAUUUAUUGGAUAAAGGGUUGGGGCCCAUUUUUUUAAUACCCUCCCCCACCCCAUGCCUCCUCCACCAGCACCUCCUCUCCACCUGCCCUUUCUGGAUGCUAAAGCCUGUAAACUGAAUCAUGGGUAGGUUCUGUGAGCCUGCAGUAUAGAAGAACCUAGCAGUGAACUGAAUUACAUGGCCAGCGUCUUACAGAAGAAAGGACAGCUAAGCGUGGCCCCACGGCGUGGACCAGGCUGGCCUGAGAGUUGCAGCAAUGCCACUGUCACUGUUUCAUUAAAUAUGUGUUCUCAGA